GAAGCAAACGUCUAACUACCAUCAUGUGGUCUUCAGCACUUACAGGUCUCUGGCUACUGACUACAUUGGCUAAUGCUGCUGAAACCUGUCCAGACAUAAAGGUUGUGGGAAUUGGAGAAUCGGACAGGUUAACCAUCCUCAGAGGUUGUCCUGGGAAUCCCGGACCUCCUGGCCAUAAAGGUGAAGCUGGAUCACCGGGAGAGACAGGAAUAAAGGGUGUUGCAGGAAUACCAGGAAAGACUGGACCCCCAGGUGAACCCGGCACCUCUGGAAUCAAGGGGCAAAAAGGUGAAAAAGGAGACAUUGGCAAAGCUGAACCGCUAUAUGCUGCAAGGAACUGUAAGGAGCUUCUGGAUCAGGGAGAGGUCCUAAGUGACUGGUACACAAUAUACCCAGAUGGCGAGCGACCCCUGAAGGUGCUGUGUGAUAUGCACACCGAUGGAGGAGGCUGGAUUGUGUUUCAGCGGCGUUGGGACGGUUCUGUUGACUUCUUCCGUGAUUGGAAAUCAUACAAGACAGGAUUCGGCAGCCGUCUGAAUGAGUUCUGGUUGGGAAACGAUAAUAUUCACAAGAUAACGUCAACAGGCACAUGGGAACUGCGUAUAGACCUCCAGGACUUUGAGAACACAAAACACUUUGCCAAAUACACAUCCUUUAAACUUAUGGGAGAGGCUGAGAAGUACAAGUUGUUGAUUGGAGCCUUCACGGAGGGUAAUGCAGGCGACUCUUUCUCGCGUCACAGCAGCCAACGGUUCACCACCAAAGACCAAGACAAUGAUGAACACCCAAACAACUGUGCGGAAGCGUUUAAGGGAGGGUGGUGGUAUCAAGCCUGCCAUUCUUCAAACCUAAAUGGAUUGUACCAUCUGGGAGAACACAGCAGUAACGCUGAUGGUAUUAACUGGUACGCUAAAAGGGGGCACAGUUACUCCUACAAAGUUUCUGAAAUGAAGAUAAGACCUAUGUAAAAGAAGCAGAGAGUGUUAUCAAGCAAAUAAAAAUAUCUAAAAAUAAAAAUAUCUAACUCUAACAUGUGAAUGAUAUAUGCACAAAUAUCAAACCUCAAUAGUCCACAAAUACAACUGUGGCUCCCAUCAGCCACUAGCAUUGAAUACUGCAGUAUGCAACAUGCGCUUCAUUCCUGAUUCGAUAUGCAUUUAAACAACUUCUAGCUAAAGGGAUUUAAAGGUCCCUAUCAAACCAAACCAAGCACUGAAUGUGAGAAGAAUAAAAAAGUGCUUAAAUAAAUGAAAAGUUGUUUCAUACUUUUUUUUUUAAAGCACCAAAGGCAUUGCUGCCUCUGUAACUUUCCACUGCCCUCCGGUUGUGCACGUCUAUGCACUAUUCCUGUUUGGGCUCUUGAUUGACUGCAUUAAUAAACACAACUGUUUACAUUGUUUUGUUAUUCUAG